UUAACAAAAGAUCAGCAUUCAGAUAUAGAAAAGUUUGAAAUAAGUCCAGAAAUGUGGAGGUCCAUAUUGGGGAGAGAUGAUAAUGAACAACAACAGGAAGAUGGUUUUUUGGAAGAUGAAGAAGGCUUUUGCUCCCUUUCACAUGUCCAAAGGAUGUAUGUGUUCUUUGCUUGUAUGGCCACUGGUCUGGUCUGUAUGUUCUUGUCAUGUGUUGCUUUUGCCAAACCUAUCAAAUUUGCUCUUUUGUUUUCUUUGGGCAACAUGCUUGCUGUUGGAAGCACAACCUUUCUGAUUGGACCUUGCAAGCAAAUAAGAAUGAUGUUUGAUCCAAUUCGUGUGUUUGCCACAGUAUUGUAUUUUAUCUGUGUUGUCUUGACCCUUGUUUGUGCUUUACUGAUCCACAGCGUAAUUUUAUCCAUACUUGCUAUCAUAUGUGAGGUUCUUGCCCUUCUAUGGUAUGGUCUGAGUUACAUUCCUUUUGCUCGUAAAGUGGUUACAAAUAUGACAACACGUCUUUUUAAGAGAGAACCAAAGUAAUUGAAAUUUACAAUGAAGAAUUGACUUUUGAUAUAUGAUAUCUCCUCUUUUAUCUCCAAUUUUGUUCAUGUUCUAUUUGUAUAAAAUUUCAUCUGAAGUGGUGACAUAUACUAUAUCCAAAGAGUGGAUGGCAAAGUUAUGAUGAUUUUUUGUGUAUUCAGUAAAACUUAAUGUUAUUGAAAUUAAUUUAUUAGGAUAUUUUAAUUAGAUUGAUUUCAAUUCUAAAUAUCAA